AUGGGAAUUCACCGGGGAACCGCAGAACCCUCAAUAUGGCUCUGGUCUCGCCUCGAGAUUCUUGAUAUAUUUGGCAGUGCCCAUGUGUUUCCAAUCGUGGCAGAGGUUUAUCUCAAAGGAAGAUGUAAAGAUAUAGAGAAGAUUCCAGAUUGCAUCAAAGCACUUCAUGGUUUAACAGAGCUUCAUAUCUAUGGCUGCCCUAAAAUUGUAUCACUACCAGAGCUCCCUGUCUCGCUUACAAGACUAAUAGUGGACACUUGUGAAUCACUGGAGACGCUAACACCUUUCUCUUCUGACUCUCCAAUUGAAGUUCUUUACUUCUCCAACUGCUUCAAACUAGGUCACGAAGCACGUAGAGUGAUCACCAAGAAACCAAGAGAUGCAUGGCUACCUGGAAGAAAUGUACCAGCGGAGGAGUUCGAUCACAGAGCUAUCGGAAAUUGCUUAACCAUCCCUUUCGACACGUACGAGUGCAGGAUCUGCGUCGUGGUCUCCCCUAAACAGCGGAUGGUAGGGUAUGUUGACUUGCUGUGUCGCAAAACCAAAAACGGUUUGUCCACUGGUGAACAAAGACUUCAGACUCUUCCCAAGGUCCAAUCUGAACAUCUGUAUAUAGGCCACUAUAGCUUUUCUGACAAACUGGACAGUGGAGUUGUGUUGGAAUUCAGGACCUCAUCCAAAGACGUCGACGUUGUUGAAUGCGGUAUCAAGAUCUUUGACAGGACAAACCAAUAG